AUGAAUGUUCAUAUAACAACUUACCAGUGGCAUGAGUUUUUCCCUCGAGCCAAGAGCAAUAUUGGUGUUGUCAUUGCUGUCUGGGCUCCUGUUAUUCUCGUCUAUUUCAUGGACAGUCAAAUUUGGUAUGCUAUUUUCUCCACUAUAUUUGGAGGAAUAUAUGGUGCAUUCCGCCGUCUUGGAGAGAUUCGAACAUUAGUAAUGCUCAGGUCUCGAUUUCAAUCGUUGCCGGGUGCUUUCAAUGCCCGCCUGAUUCCAGAAGAAAAGAAUGAAAAGCCGAAGGGACUGAAGGCCACAUUAUCUCGCAAUUACCCUGAGAUCCCACCUAAUAACGAGAAGGAGGCCGCAAGAUUUGCUCAGUUGUGGAACAAAAUAAUUGAAAGUUUCAGAGAGGAGGAUCUGAUCAGUAAUAGGGAAAGAAGUCUAUUGCUUGUACCAUACUGGGCUGAUCGUUACUUAGACCUCAUCCAGUGGCCUCCAUUUUUACUUGCUAGCAAGCUUCCCAUAGCACUGGAUAUGGCUAAAGAUAGCAAAGAGAGAGACCGCGAGCUCAGAAAAAGAUUAAAUGCGGACAGUUAUAUGCGCUGUGCUGUCCGCGAGUGUUAUUCUUCAUGCAAAAACAUCAUCAAUUUUUUGGUUUUGGGGCAACGCGAAAAACUCGUUAUCAAGGAAAUAUUCACGAAAGUUGAUCAUCAUAUAGAAGAUGAUGAUCUGAUAAGUGAAUUGAAUAUGAGUGAGCUGCCCAGCCUCUAUGGGCACUUUGUUCAGCUUAUUGAAUAUCUGCAAGUAAAUAGAAAAGAAGACAAGGAUCAGGUUGUAAUUGUCUUACUCAAUAUGCUAGAGGUUGUGACCAGAGACAUAAUGGAGGAUUCAAUUCCUAGUUUGCUAGAUUCCAGCCACGGUGGGUCUUAUGGAAUGGACGAGGGAAUGACCCCUCUUGAUCAACAAUAUCAGUUCUUUGGUGCACUUAAAUUUCCAGUUACAGAAGAAACAGAUGCUUGGAAAGAGAAAAUCAGAAGACUUCAUCUAUUGCUAACCGUGAAAGAGUCAGCUAUGGAUGUGCCAUCCAAUUUGGAAGCAAGAAGGCGCAUUUCUUUCUUCUCAAAUUCACUGUUUAUGGACAUGCCUGCUGCACCCAAAGUUCGCAAUAUGCUUUCCUUCUCCACCUUAACUCCAUACUAUGAUGAAGAAGUUACUUUCUCCAUGGAUCUCCUGGAAAGGCCCAAUGAAGAUGGUGUUUCUAUCCUUUUUUACUUGCAAAAAAUUUUUCCAGAUGAAUGGGAUAACUUCCUGGAACGAGUUGGUUGCACCAGUGAGGAAGAACUUAAAGGAAAUGCAAAAUUGGAAGAAGAACUUCGCCUAUGGGCCUCAUAUAGAGGCCAGACACUGACUAAAACUGUACGCGGUAUGAUGUACUAUCGCCAAGCUUUGGAACUUCAGGCAUUCCUCGAUAUGGCAAAAGAAGAAGAGUUAAUGAAAGGGUAUAAGGCAGCUGAAUCAAACACUGAGGAACACCUUAGGAAUGAAAGGUCAUUACUGGCACAAUGUCAAGCAGUAGCUGACAUGAAGUUCACAUAUGUUGUGUCAUGCCAGCAAUAUGGGAUUCAGAAACGAUCUGGUGAUGCUCGUGCACAUGACAUAUUGAGGCUUAUGACAAAGUAUCCAUCUCUUCGUGUGGCUUAUAUCGAUGAGGUUGAAGAAACUGGCAAAGAUAAAUCCAAAAAGAUGGUUGAGAAGGUUUACUAUUCGGCCCUUGUGAAGGCUGUACCAAAGUCUGUUGACUCUUCUGAGCCAGAUCAAAAGUUAGACCAGGUUGUUUAUAAGAUUAAGCUUCCAGGACCUGCCAUAUUAGGUGAGGGAAAACCAGAAAAUCAAAACCAUGCAAUAAUCUUCACGCGUGGGGAAGGCUUGCAAACUAUAGAUAUGAACCAGGAUAACUACAUGGAAGAAGCUUUCAAAGUGAGGAAUUUGCUGCAAGAAUUUCUCAAGAAGCAUGGUGUGAGGAAUCCGACAAUACUGGGACUUAGAGAGCAUAUAUUCACUGGCAGUGUUUCUUCGCUUGCAUGGUUUAUGUCAAAUCAGGAGACGAGUUUUGUCACAAUUGGGCAACGAUUAUUAGCCAACCCGCUGAAGUAA